AUGAAGCUAUCACGGGCAUUUCUAUUCUCAACCCAACUUCUCGCCGCCACAUCAUUGCCAAUCUCAACGACGUCGACCACCAGUGUUCUAUCCCGAGGCGAAGCCACAACAGAAGGAAACCUUUUCAGAAGGAUACCUGCAGCAGGCUCAGCGGAAACGCCUAAAGGGGCUGCAGAGAACGGAAGUGCAGCGGGUGGGGAAGCCGCGGCUGGAGGCGAGGGAGAGAAAAAGGAAAAUGAGAAGGAAAUCGAAGGGGCUUUCAAUGUCCCGGUUCGAUUGGGCGGCGCAGGCGUGAAGCAAGACGUCCUCUUCCCGCCAGGGAAAAACGGUCGCUUCGAAGUCGAGUUUCAAAAUGCCAUCGGACGAACCCUCACAGUCACCGAAAACCGAGCGCCUGCACCACCUCCAGCAGGGUUCACGGCAGUCGAAGCAGUGUCAUUCAAAGUGAACCUGGCAGAGGGUGCGCAAGGCAUGACAUUGUCCAAGAUUGAUUAUAUUCUGAAUCCUGGGAAUAAGCUGGACAUCAGCAAGGGUCAGAUCGGCCGCCUAUUCCCUGAAGCGAACGCGUUUAUCAUCAACCCAGCGCUCGGAGAGCUAGAAUUCGAGGCCGAAGAGAAUGAGUUGACACUCAAGGUGGCGAAUAUGAAUGGGGAGUUCGCAGUGUUCCUUCCUCAAGCAAAUGGCGGCGCCGCUGGACGUGCAUAG